UAUUCGCCGCCGGCCAGCUCGCUUGCUUCGUCGGUUGCGAUGUCAGUCGCGAAAAUGGGUUCACUCGCGAGAGGUGUGCUGGUGAGGCAGGCGUUCUCCAAGUGUGGCCGACGGCAACAUAAGAAACUACUCGAGAAAUAUGGCUACGGCUGCCUAUCCUCUUGUGCGCGACUGGAGCAGCUCAACACCCAGGCUCCCUUCGACGAAAAAACGGUGACAGAUAUGAUGCAUAACAGGGAUCCUCAGCCAAGGUUACGAUUGACGGAGGAAACUGCGAGGAGCCUGGCUAAAAACUUCACAUCUGAGGAUAGGCAGUUGUUGCUGAAGGAAAUACAACAAAUCAAAGGCGAUGAAGCAAUCAGAGAGUUCUCAGGUUCCCUGGCCAGUCUGCGCUGGCGAAGUCGGUUCGGCCGGCCGGCCAGCGUGGGCACUGCCGACCCCACCGGCCGCUUCUGCCUCAUCCCCAGCAGCUGGCUCAAACAGCGGCUCGCGACCAGUAUUCCGAAGCCGACACCCGGUCAGCUGAUUCACACUGCGUUGUUUAACUCCAUCCCCUUCAUUGGCUUCGGAUUCUUAGACAAUGUCAUUAUGAUCACUGCGGGUGACUACAUCGAAGCCUCUGUCGGGGUGGCGUUCGGCAUCAGUACAAUGGCGGCCGCGGCGCUCGGGAACGCAGUCUCCGACGUGGCCGGCAUAGGCUCCGCCUUCUACGUGGAGGUGCUGGCGAUGCGAAUCGGCGUGCCGGCUCCCAGCAUGACGCCCGAGCAGCACGACCUCAAAAUAUCGCACUGGUUCUCAAAUAUUGGCCGUGCGUUCGGCGUGGCGCUGGGCUGUAUCCUGGGCAUGUUCCCGCUGUUCUUCCUGCCGGGCCACAACCGGACCGACGAGGAGGAGGAGGGCGACGCCGCCACCUCCGACGGCGUCGCCGUGCUGCCCGCCGUCAAGGCAGAGGCGCCCGACGCGACGACAGCGACGGCCUCCAAAACUGCCCCCACCUCUGCCGCGGCGGCCGAGCAGGCGACUGUGAAGGCUGCUGCUGCAACCGGCACUGACGGUCCUACCUCUGUGAAUGCAAUCGAGUCGACAAACCGAACGGCACACGUCGCAUCGGCGUCACGAUCGACAGAACGUCCAGCGCCGCCGGCCGCCGCGACGGCAGCGCCCUCGAGCGGCGCCGGCUGCCAACAGCCGCCCGGCGGCGACGCGCCCAAGUAGACCCAAUGUAGCCAGACAGGGGAAGGUGGUGCUAGACGCACGGUCACUGCUCGGUCGCUAGUGUGUACGGGUGCGCUCGAGUGCCGCAGAGACAGCGGUGCGACUCCUGAGAGGACCUGGUGCCCGAGCCGCCGGGCCGUGCCCUGAACGGCGACCCAAUCAUGUGAGCGCGCGCGCUGAUGUGUUCGCUAACCGGCCGGCCGUAAAAGAGCGCGUUAUUUGUGAUUGGAUGGUUUACAGGAGGGUGGCUCUCGCGUGGGUGGACCGGUCGAUUGUGUCGUGUGAGGACGACUGAUUUUCAGCAGCGUCGGAAAUGUUACCCUAGAAUUUUGGUUUACGAAAUCAAAAUAGCCGAGAUAUAGGCCAUUUGCUGGAGCGUAGGAUAAAUUUCGCCUCGUUGUUGGUUCUUCACUCAUCGUUAGUUUGUUGCUUGCUUGUUAUGGAAACAAUCUGGACAAUAUCUCAAUUACGGGUUCGAUUCGUCGGAUACUAGACUGUUUUUACGGCACCGUUGCAAAGCUUCGCCAUAAUCUCAACAGAGAUCGAUAUGGAUGUAAGUGUUAUGAAUCACGUAUUUCAUUCGAAGUAUUCGUUACGAACUGUCGAAUCGAUUCGAUUGUCGACCUAACGUAUCGAUGUUAACCUCCGCUCGAAUCGACUUCCCAGGAGUGGAAUGGAAUCCCGGUCCUACGCUCGGAGCACUGUGCGGCGGGAAGCCCGACCGAUACUUCAGCAGGGAGCGCGACGCGUCCGACUCGAUAUACCUAUAUAUGUGUAGCCGUGUUGAUCCUUAUGUGUCCGUUGCCCAUGCUACUCGAGGAGGUGCGUUAAAGUCUAGGAAGAGGGCGAGUGGGGACGCUCGCGCGGCGCGCGGGUCGCCACCAGACGCCAAAACGUGGCAACACGUGCAAUAGGGCCGCUGGGCGGCCGUGGGCGGUAGGAACCAGACACUCUGAUGCCGGUACGAGCAUUCCAGUGCGCGGCGGUCCCCUCCGGUCGCUGAGCUCUGCGGGUGCGGCGGAGCCCCGCGCUACAUCGCUCGUGUUUUUCGGCCGGUUUUCAGCCGUGCUGUGCCAGCUCCCAAGCGACAAUGAGAAUGUCUGGACGGCCCGUGGUGCAGAAAUGUUGUAAAUAUACAAUUUUCGGUGAUGAA